CUUUUCACAUGUUGUUGUUCAAAAAAUGCAUUACUAUGAAAUGGAUUAACCAAUUGAAACAAAUCCAGUAGCAAUGGCAGGAACAAUGUAAAUAAGUUGACUUGUGAAAUUACUUUUGCAUUUGUAGGAACUUGAAAAACUGGCAUCUAAGAAAUUAAAAAUAAAUGCCAAGGAGACAAUGAAGAUAGCUGAAAAACUCUACAAUCAAGGGUUCAUCAGUUAUCCUCGCACAGAAACCAACAUGUUUCCCAAGUCUUUGGACUUGCGACCUCUCGUUCAAAAUCAAACUGUUGAUGAAAACUGGGGAGAAUUUGCUGCCCAAGUACUAGAACGAGGUCCUAAACCUCGUCAUGGCAACAAGACAGACAAUGCCCAUCCUCCUAUCCACCCCACGAAGCACACAAGUGGUUUACAGGGUAAUGAGAAAAGAGUGUAUGAGUUUAUAGUGAGGCAUUUUUUAGCCUGCUGUUCUGAGGUAAGAAAUUUCACAUUAUGCUUUGCUAAAGAUACAUUAACAUUGCCUGAAGUUGUGAAUGGCGAGCCAUGUCAUAAACUGAACUGACUCUUUUUGUCAGGAUGCCAAAGGUCAAGAGACAAACGUGGAAAUAGAGAUUGCUAGAGAAAAGGUUAGUUGACAUCCUAACUUGUGAAAACAAAUCGUUUUGGGUUUACUGUGCCAUCCAUCCUACCAUUACCACUUGAGAAAGUUUUUUCUUAAAGUUUGAAUUUUUUUGACAACUUUUUGCUGGCUUCUAUUUGAACCAGCCAAUCAAAACAUGGGACUGUUGAGGGCAAAGAUGUUAAAUUGUGAAAUUCAACAUUUCAAAAGUCUCAAUCUGUGAACAUUUGAAACCAGCAGGAAGCUGUAAGAGUUCGAUAUGCAGUUUCAAACGAAAGCCAUCAGAAGUGUUCAAAAAGAUGGCAAAAAGUUGUCAAAAUCUAAUCAAAAACUUUACUAGGUGGCAUAGUAAGGUGAAUAGCAUUGUAAAAUAGUGCCCUAGUGUCCAGAUAUGCAGUAGUUGUUUUUUACACAUAAAAUGCUUCUUAACUCUUACAGUAAAUAUAGAGAU